AUGGCCGGGUGCGGGUGGAGCGUGCUGUGGGCGUGCGUGGCGGCCGCCACGCUGCUGCACGCGGGGGGCCUGGCGCGGGGCGACUGCUGGCUGAUUGAGGGCGACAAGGGCUUCGUGUGGCUGGCCAUCUGCAGUCAGAACCAGCCUCCGUACGAGGCCAUCCCGCAGCAGAUCAACCACACCAUCGUGGACCUGCGGCUGAACGAGAACCGGAUUCGCAGCGUGCAGUUCGCGUCGCUGAGCCGCUUCGGGAACCUGACUUACCUCAACCUCACCAAGAACGAGAUCGGCUACGUGGAGGACGGCGCCUUCUCGGGCCAGUUCAACCUGCAGGUGCUGCAGCUGGGCUACAACCGGCUGCGCAACCUCACGGAGGGUAUGCUGCGCGGCCUCAGCAAGCUGGAGUACCUGUACCUGCAGGCCAACCUCAUCGAGGUGGUCAUGGCCAGUGCCUUCUGGGAAUGCCCCAACCUCGUCAACAUCGACCUCUCCAUGAACCGCAUCCAGCAGCUGGGCAGCGGCACCUUCGCCGGCCUGGCCAAGCUGUCUGUGUGCGAGCUGUACAGCAACCCCUUCUACUGCUCCUGCGAGCUGCUGGGCUUCCUGCGCUGGCUGGCCGCCUUCACCAACGCCACCCACACACACGAUCGGGUGCAGUGUGAGUCGCCGCCCGUCUAUGCCGGCUACUUCCUGCUGGGCCAGGGUCGGCACGGCCACCGCAGCAUCCUCAGCAAGCUGCAGUCUGUCUGUACUGAUGACUCCUAUGUGGCCGAGGUGGCCGUACCCCGCCUGAGCCUCGGGGGGCGCCCCCAGCCUGGACACUCUCCACCUCCACCGCCGCCACCGCCACCAGAGCCCAGUGAGGAGCCCUGCCCGGAGGAGGAGUGCUUCUCCGGGGAUGGCACCACACCGCUGGUGGCCCUGCCCACCCUGGCCACCCAGGCGGAGGCCCGGCCCCUCAUCAAAGUGAAGCAGUUGACCCAGAACUCGGCCACCAUCACCGUGCAGCUGCCCAGCCCGUUCAACCGCAUGUACACCCUGGAACAUUUUAACAACAGCAAGUCGUCCACCGUGUCCAAGCUGACGCAGGCGCAGGAGGAGAUCCGCCUCACCAACCUGUACACGCUCACCAACUACACCUACUGUGUGGUGUCCACCAGCUCCGGUACUCACCACAACCACACCUGCCUCACCAUCUGCCUGCCCAAGCCUCCCAGCCCGCCCGGGCCCGUGCCCAGCCCCUCCACGGCCACGCAUUACAUCAUGACCACACUGGGCUGCCUGUUCGGCAUGCUGCUGGUCUUGGGGGUGGUCUACUACUGCCUGAGGAAGAGGAGGCGGCGCGAGGAGAAGCACAAGAAGGCUGCUGCGGCUGCCGCCGCCGGGAGCCUCAAGAAGAGCAUCAUCGAGCUCAAGUAUGGGCCAGAGAUGGAGGCACCCGGCCUGGCCCCGCUGGCUCAGGGCCCGCUGCUGGGCCCCGAGGCUGUGACCCGCAUCCCCUACCUGCCCACGCCGGGCGGUGAGGUGGAGCAGUACAAGCUGGUGGAGAGCAGCGACACCCCCAAACCCAGCAAGGGCAACUAUAUGGAGGUACGCACCGGGGAGCCCCCAGAACGUCGGGACUGUGAGCUGGGCCGGCCAGGCCCCGACAGCCAGAGCUCUGUGGCCGAGAUCUCCACCAUCGCCAAAGAAGUGGACAAGGUGAACCAGAUCAUCAACAACUGCAUCGAUGCCCUCAAGUCCGAGGCCAGCGCCUUCCAGGGCGCCAAGGCCGGGCCUGUGGCCUCUGCUGAGCCGCAGCUGGUGCUGCUGGCCGAGCCACUGGCCCCCAAGCACAGCUUCCUGUCCCCCGUGUACAAGGAGGCCUUCGGUCACGGCCUGCAGCGACACCACAGCGUGGAGGCCGCGGGGCCCCCGAGGGCCAGCACCUCGUCCAGCGGCUCCACGCGCAGCCCUCGAGCCUUCCGCCCGGAGUCCACGGCCGCCACCGGCGCGCACAAGGCUGCGGUCAGCGAGGCCAAGUACAUCGAGAAGAGCUCCCCGGUGCCUGACGCCAUCCUCACUGUGACCCCCGCUGCCGCCACGCUGCGGGCCGAGGCCGAGAAGGGCCGCGCAUUCGGCAGCGAGCACGCCCACGAGGGGCUGGGCGGCCGCAAGACCUGCAUCCUGGAGCCACUCACCCGGCCCCGGCCCCGAGAUCUGGCCUACUCCCAGCUGUCACCCCAAUACCACAACCUCAGCUACUCCUCCAGCCCCGAGUACAGCUGCCGCGCCCCCCAGAGCAUCUGGGGGCGCCUGAGGCUCAGCCGCCGGCGACACAAGGACGAUGAUGACGAGUUCAUGGCCGCUGGCCAUGCCCUGCGCAAGAAGGUCCAGUUUGCCAAGGACGAGGACCUCCAUGACAUCCUGGACUACUGGAAGGGGGUGUCCGCCCAGCACAAGUCCUGAGCCCCGGCCAGCCCUUGAGGGCCCCCCGAGGGCCUCCUGUCUCCCCCAAACCCCUGAUGCCCACUGGACCAAAAAAAAAAACCCCACAUGACCUGUCAUGACUCCGAUUCUCACCACAAACCCCAACACACGCACACCCGGCUGGGCCAGCAGCGGGGACCAUGAGGGGACCUUUGGAGGGUGACAGAUAAAUGUUCACGCUCAUCUGUGACCUGGCACCAGCGGUAUGCACGUGCACACAUGCACACACAUACACAUGCACA